CCCUUAUACAAGGCUAUAAGAGUAAUUAAAACCCAAUGUCAAGGGCAUUAUAGUCAUAUUUCCUAUUUAUAUCUUGCCGCCUGCUCUAUCUACCCCCAUCCAACCUAUCGCCUGCAACAAGAAUGGCGGCAUCGUUAAGCAGAACUCUCGCACUUGGACCAACAAAAAACCCUAAAUUUAGAGUCUUUAACUCCACCCCAAACCCAGAUUUUUCUCCUAAUCUCAAUCUCUCUAAUCCCCCCAAAAACCCAUUGAUCCAAACUAUCAGGAUUACGGCAAAAACAGCGGUUUUAACUGCGGCUCUUUUGGCCGGAAAUUUAGCAAUUCCGGCCAAAUAUAGGGCUGAAGAGCUUUACCCGGCGACUUCUCAGCCGGAAGUUGCAGACAAAGAGUCAUCUCCAUUAACCCACUUCCUAGAAAACAACCCAAGUGCUGUUGAUGCCCUAAAAUCCCUCCUCUUCAAAAACCUAGAAGCGGGUAACGACACAGAAGCCAUGAAAAUCCUCAGGCGUCUGGUUGAGUCUCAGCCCUCUGAGCUUCAAUGGAAGUUCCUCAUGGCGAGGCUCCUCAGCGAGAUGGGGGAACCCAAUGAAGCUCGAUCCGUUUUCGAAGAGAUUCUCUCUGUAAAUCCCCUUUCUUUUGAAGCCCUAUUUGAGAAUGCUUUGUUAAUGGAUAGGAGUGGAGAAGGUCCCGCUGUUUUAGCAAGACUGGAAGAGGCUUUACAGGUCGCAAGCUCCGAGAAAGAGGCCCGAGAUGUUAAGCUUAUAAUGGCACAGAUUAUGUAUCUGCAAAAGAAUAUUGAUGGGGCUUUGGAGAAUUAUGAGCAACUUGCAAAAGAGGAUCCAAAAGAUUACCGGCCUUACUUUUGUAAGGGCGUUAUAUACAGUCUUUUGGAUAAGAAUAAGGAAGCAAGAGAGGAGUUUGCAAAGUACCAUGAGCUUGCACCAAAGAAGUUUGAAGUUGAGGGCUUUUUGCAGACACCAUUGUCGAGGAUUAAGCUUUUUGGCUCCGAUUCUGAUAAUUGAAGGGGCCGUUUUCUUGGUCAAAUUAAUUUAGGUGUUGAGUUUUAUGCUGUGUUUUUGGUAUGGUAAUUCUGAUAAAUGGAUAAAUCUGUUGCCUUCGACCGAAGGGUAAUAAAGUUUGAUGUUAAUUGGUUACAUUGAAUUUCAA